CGCAGUACAGUAGUGUUUACGAAAGUAAUGGCAAAAGUGCGCCUUGUCCUAAUAAAGAUGAGGUGUGUUCUUGGCGCAUGCGUAAAUUAGCCAAAAGACGCCGCGGCACGCCAGAGGUUCGGACAGGAGAAUGGAGCGAGCUUUAUGUCAGAGCGGAUCUAAGCAAAUGACAGACGCGGUGGCCGAGCGGACACGGAAUACCAGAGAAUGCCAGCGCAAUCCAAGAUCGCACGGUUGUUAGCUAAUCGAAAUAGUCCUAUGUGAUACCGAUUGGAUAUAUGUUCAGACCUUGUCACACAGGCUGUUACUCGCGUGCGGAGUAAAAUGGCAACGGAGCGAAACCGUCAACCCAUUGGAGUUACUCUCUCUGAUAAUAUGGGGUCAUAUAAGAGGAGGAAGAGGAAGUCCAUCAUCGUGACGGGGAUGCUGCUGGUGGUGUCUGUCCUCAUCCUGAUAUUUGGCCUGGCCGCCACCACGCGCACCCAGAACAUCACUGUCGGCGGAUACUACCCUGGCGUCAUUCUCGGCUUUGGUUCCUUUCUGGGAAUCAUCGGCUCCCAUUUGAUCGAAAACAAGAGGCAGAUGCUGGUGGCAUCGAUCGUCUUCAUCAGUUUUGGCGUGGUUGCUGCCUUUUGUUGUGCCAUCGUUGACGGGGUGUUUGCCACCAGACACAUCGAUCUUGCACCACUGUAUGCAGACAGGUGCGAAUACUACUCAGACGUCCCAGCGGUUGAGAAAAUUGUUCAGUGCCCUCCGCUCUCCCGAGUGCCCUGCAACUUACGUGUCAAGAGCAACACCUGCUAUUGCUGUGAGCUUUACCACUGUGGCCGAGAACAUCCUUAUAUGGGAUUCCAGAAUAAAGAUGUUUUGAAAAAAGUUAGGAAGUCGUCCAUGAUUUGGAACAGUCAUGUGGAGUUGCGCGGGGGCUAUCACGAGUACACGGAGGUGCAGAGCUGCCGUGACGUCGUCUACCUGUACCACCUGCUGUGGACCGCCACCAUCCUCAACAUCAUCGCCCUCUUCCUGGGCAUCAUCACCUCCGCCGUCCUGGCGAGCUUCAAGGACCUGAUGCCAUCGGCUGGCCCGGAUGCGUGCGAGCCGGAGCCGCUGCCGGUGCCGAGUCCUCCCGAAGUGCCCGGCCCCUCCACCUCCUACAACUCCUACUACAACAGCACCCCCUGCCUGCCACCCUACACCGCCUACGACCUGCAGGGUGCCAACAUGUACCCAGACUCCUCUGGCAUGUCGGACGACUCCCAGUCAGGUGUGAGCCACAUGUGGCCCAGCAUGGUCCCACCCCGCUACUCUCCACCACACUACCCCCCUGAUGAGAAGCCACCGCCAUACAGCCCUUAACUCAGCACGGAGAGAGAGAGAGAGGGUGGAAAAAAAGAAGAAAAGAAAAUAAUUAAUGAGAAAAAGAUUGCAUCACAUUCAGUCCUUGGUCAUUCAGGGAGAGCAGAAGAAGAAAAAGAUAAUGGUGAUGGUGAUUGUGAUGAUGAUGAUGAUGAUGAUGAU